CACCAAAGCCUAAUGAAGCACCAAAGCCUACUGAAGCACCAAAGCCUACUGAAGCACCAAAGCCUACUGAAGCACCAAAGCCUACUGAAGCACCAAAGCCUACUGAAGCACCAAAGCCUAAUGAAGCACCAAAGCCUAAUGAAGCACCAAAGCCUACUGAAGCACCAAAGCCUACUGAAGCACCAAAGCCUACUGAAGCAUCAAAGCCUACUGAAGCACCAACUCAUGAUGAUGAUGAUCGUGAAACAG